AUGCCUGGACUCAUUCAAAAUCUACCUAUCUUUCAGCAUGAGCCUGUACCACUCCUGUUGCCAAGAUUUGAGUUCCCGGAUCCUCCUCAAAUGUCGGAAUCACCAGUCAAGCAAGAGAUGCUCGAUUACAGAUUCCUCACCGGAGAAGAUCUUGACAUCAUGACCCAUGGCAGCGAGUUACCUAACCUUGGGCCAAACUUUCAUAGUCCAGAAGCCAUGUUAGAUGCUGUCAAUCAUUUCGAGGACUACAACACACGCACUGCAGCAGAUUCUCAUCCACUCACGUCCCACCUUGCUCACAACCUCCCCAAUGACCCAGAGCUGCGUGCAAUGCAAUGCGAAUUCGAGCAUGCGUACAAGCAGCUCCAGGAGGAGGAAAAAUGUGCAGAUACACAUGCCGAUGAAGAUGAGGAUGCAGAUAUUGAUGUUGAUGCAUGCUCCGAACAUGAUGAUGAAGACACUGAGGUCCUCAUCAUAGUAGAACCAGAGGAAGAUACUCCUGACCCUUUCAUGCCUGAAGAAGGCACUACCGCGGAUGAUUACGUGAAUCACCAAGGUGUCCCUCCGCAUCUCUUAAUGACAUAUGUGGUUGUGUCAUGGUUACACCUUCAAUUUCAUCUGCCUCGCGUAGCAUGUAAUGCGCUACUUGCGAUUUUCGCAUGUAUGCUGCUCGUUAUCUCUCCAAUGAUCGACAGACCAUUUGUCACACUCCAAUCUUGCACUCGGGUCCUUGGCGUUGAUCCUGUCAUUCAAACUCUUCCUGUUUGCCCUGGAUGCCGUGAUGUUUUUCCUCCCACUGGCUCGUUGCAUGCCCAGGAUACAUGCAUCACCUGCAAUAUUUCACUAUUUCUCCCAGGUCAAACUAGACACAGAAUUCAGCGCGCUAAGAAGAUACCGGUCAUCAAGUAUCUGUACCUUGCUUUAUCAGAACAAAUCAAGUCAAUGCUCAAAAUACUGGGAGUUGAAGCUGUCCUUGACGAGUGGCAUUCAAAACCUCGAAGAGCUGGCGAGUAUACAGAUAUAUUCGUCUUUGCGAGUCGCUGUAGAUGCUAUCUGAGAGGAGAAGAGUAUCAUUGCUACUCUAAAGACAUUAUGGCUAGACUACUAUGA